AUGAUAUAUACACCAUCUGAUCCACUUCUUUUUGUUGCCGUGAAGGAUCAGAAUGGAAUUUUGCAAAUUGCUGACGAUGACCUGCUUGAGGAUCCUGCUAUCACCAGCGCUAUAGACGAAGAGACUGAAUUUAAUGCCUUAGUGGAGGAAGAAGCUGCGCUCCUUGACGCACUGUUGGGCUGGUUUUGGUCACCAUCACAAGCCCAAACCAAACAAACACAAAUCAGUCAAGCGAUCACACUGAGCGAACAAAACUGCCCCAACCAUAACAUAACCAUUUCUGCAUCAACCCACACACUCACUCUUCACAGUGAGAAGAUGAGGAUCAAAACGCUGCGUUUACCCUUUCUCCUCUUUCUCUUUCUCUGCUCCCACCUCACCUUCGUCCUCUCAUGGAAGAAAGAGGAAUUCCGAACCUGCCAUCAAACCCCUUUCUGCAAGCGAGCCCGAUCCCGCACCCCCGGCUCCUCCUCCCUCAUCGCCACCGAUGUCACCAUCUCCGACGGCGACCUCACCGCCAAACUCAUCCCCAAAUCCGAACCCCUAGCCAAACCCUUGAUCCUCACUCUCUCCGUUCAUCAACACGGCAUCCUCCGCCUCAAGAUCGAUGAAGACCCCUCCUUCUCCCCUCCCAAGAAACGCUUCGAGGUCCCCGAUGUCAUCGUUUCAGAAUUCGCCUCCUCCAAGCUCUGGCUUCGGCGCCUCUCGGAGGAAGAUAACGGCCUCGCCUCCGCCGUCUACCUCUCCGACGGCCAAUCCGCCGUCCUCCGCCACGACCCGUUCGAGCUUUUCGUCCGCGACGAUCAAUCCGGCGACCGUGUCAUCUCCCUCAACUCCCAUGGCCUCUUCGACUUCGAGCAACUGACAGACAAAUCCGAAGAUGACAACUGGGAGGAAAGCUUCCGCUCCCACACUGACCGUAGACCCUACGGUCCCCAAUCCAUCUCCUUCGACGUCUCUUUCUACGGCGCCGAUUUUGUAUACGGCAUUCCCGAACGCGCCACCACACUCGCUCUAAAACCCACCAGAGGCCCAAACGUCGAAGAAUCGGAACCCUACCGUCUCUUCAAUCUCGAUGUCUUCGAGUACAUCCACGAUUCCCCUUUUGGCCUCUACGGAUCAAUCCCCUUCAUGGUUUCUCACGGCAAAACCAGGGGUAGUUCCGGGUUUUUCUGGCUCAACGCGGCGGAGAUGCAAAUCGACGUUCUUGCCCAUGGCUGGGAAGCUGAGUCUUCCGAGUCUCAUAUCGCGCUUCCUUCUCACAGAAUUGACACGUUUUGGAUGAGUGAAGCUGGUGUUGUGGACACCUUCUUUUUCAUUGGUCCACACCCUAAGGAUGUUUUACAACAGUACACCGCGGUCACCGGAACUCCGGCGAUGCCGCAGAUGUUUUCAAUUGCUUAUCAUCAGUGCCGGUGGAAUUACCGUGAUGAGGAGGAUGUUGAGCAUGUGGAUUCUAAGUUUGAUGAGUUGGACAUUCCUUAUGAUGUUUUGUGGCUUGACAUUGAGCACACUAAUGGUAAGAGGUAUUUCACUUGGGAUAGAACUCUUUUCCCGCACCCUGAGGAGAUGCAGAAGAAGUUGGCUGAUAAAGGGAGGCACAUGGUGACCAUUGUUGAUCCUCACAUCAAGCGGGAUGAUGAUUAUCAUUUGCACAAGGAGGCGUCGCAGAAGGGGUAUUAUGUUAAGGAUUCCAGUGGCAAGGACUUUGAUGGUUGGUGCUGGCCGGGUUCCUCGUCGUACCCUGAUACUUUGAACCCGGAAAUUAGGUCAUGGUGGGCUGAUAGGUUCUCUUACCAGAAUUAUGUUGGUUCUACGCCUUCACUCUACAUUUGGAAUGACAUGAAUGAACCUUCUGUUUUCAAUGGGCCAGAGGUGACAAUGCCUAGAGAUGCUCUACAUUAUGGAGGUGUGGAACAUCGAGAGCUGCAUAAUGCCUAUGGAUAUUACUUCCACAUGGCAACGGCUGAAGGUCUACUGAAGCGUGGUGAUGGGAAUGACAGACCAUUUGUUUUGUCGAGAGCAUUAUUUGCUGGAAGUCAAAGGUAUGGAGCAGUUUGGACUGGGGAUAACACUGCCGAUUGGGAUCACCUAAGAGUUUCUAUUCCUAUGGUUUUGACCCUUGGUCUUACUGGGAUGUCCUUCUCGGGUGCUGAUAUUGGUGGAUUUUUUGGGAAUCCUGAACCUGAGUUAUUGGUUCGAUGGUAUCAGCUGGGAGCUUACUACCCUUUCUUUAGGGCCCAUGCCCAUCAUGACACAAAAAGACGAGAACCGUGGUUGUUUGGAGAACGAAAUACAAAAUUGAUUAAAGAUGCUAUACAUGUUCGUUAUGCACUCCUCCCAUAUUUCUACACAUUAUUCAGAGAAGCAAACACUACUGGUGUUCCUGUGGUCCGUCCACUGUGGAUGGAAUUCCCUUCUGAUGAAACUACUUUUAGCAAUGAUGAAGCUUUCAUGGUUGGGAGCAGCCUUUUAGUGCAAGGAAUCUAUACUGAGCGAGCUAAGCAUGCAUCUGUAUAUUUGCCCGGAAAACAAUCUUGGUAUGACCUAAGAUCCGGAACUGUGUACAAGGGAGGGGAGACACACAAAUUGGAUGUUACUGACGAGAGCAUUCCAGCUUUCCAGAGAGCUGGAACCAUUAUUACAAGGAAAGACCGGUUUCGGCGAAGUUCCACUCAGAUGGCAAAUGAUCCCUACACUCUGGUUAUAGCUCUGAAUAGUUCCCAAGCAGCUGAAGGUGAACUCUACAUUGAUGAUGGCAGCAGCUUUAAUUUUCUGCAAGGGGCCUAUAUUCAUAGACGUUUUGUUUUCUCGAAUGGGAAACUUACUUCUAUAGACCUGGCACCUGCUUCAGGUAGCAAUAGGCGUUAUCCAUCAGAUGCUUUCAUUGAGAGGAUUAUCCUGCUGGGACAUGCUACUGGCUCAAAAAAUGCACUCAUUGAGCCAUCAAAUCAAAAGAUUGAUAUUGAACUUGGCCCCCUCUGGUUUCUGAGGGCACGUGCACCAGCUGUAGUGACUGUACGCAAACCUAACGUCCGUGUUUCAGAAGACUGGACUAUAACAGUUAUUUAA